GGUGUAUUAAGAGUCUUAUCCUUUCACCUCAAGGACAAUAUAAUGUGCCAUAUCAGCAAAAACUGAAGAAAAUUUACAUAUUUUGGGUUUAAAUUGGGUGCUGAAAACUGAUGCUGAUGACUCAAUUAGACAGGUUUAGCUUUACCAAAGCUUCAAGGAGGUAGGGUGUAGUGACAGACAGUAUCCAAAUAUCCAGUAUCUCUUUACCCUGAACUAGACGGCUACUCUCACUUUAUGAUCUAUGACAAGAAAACAUAACCUAAUCCAUUUGCUUUUGUUUUUAAUCUGUCAAGGAUCGACAUAGGAUUAUUUAUUAUUACCUGAUAAAUUCAUUAAUCACAUAAUCACAUAGGUUGAAGGUCAAAAUGAUGAUUACGAUAAUAAUAAAAGUUAAAUACGAAUUCAUCGAUAAGUCAACAUUAUGUAAAAAACUGGAGGACUCAGUAUUUUUUCAAAAUACGCGUUCUAAGUGGAAGUUGAGCAAUGGGGCCCUUAGUAGGAGCAAUCGAUGAAGGAACGUCAAGUGCAAGGUUUGCUCUUUUCAAAGCAGGAACAGCAGAAAUUGUAGUGUCGCAUCAACAAGAGCUGGCCAAGAUAUAUCCCCGAGAAGGCUGGGUAGAACAGGACCCUGUGGAAAUUCUGAAUGUAGUUAGAAAAUGCAUUGAGAGAGCAAUUGAUAAACUUGUAGCACAAGGAGGUAAUGUGAAUGAUAUUGCAGCUGUUGGCAUAACAAAUCAGCGGGAAUCUACAGUGUUAUGGGACAAAACAACUGGUAAACCACUGUACAACUCAAUAGUAUGGCAAGAUGUAAGGACUUCAUCUACUGUAGAACAACUUCUAGAUAAAGUUCCCAACAAUUCAAGGAAUAAAAACUACCUUAAACCACUUUGUGGUCUACCUCUAUCACCAUACUUCAGUGCAUUGAAGAUAAAAUGGUUAUAUGAUCACAUUCCCCAUAUAAAGAAAGCUAUUGAUUCUGAUGUUUGUCUAUUUGGUAACAUUGAUGCAUGGAUAAUUUGGAACUUAACAGGAGGCCCACAUGGUGGAAUUCAUGCUACAGAUGUUACUAAUGCAUCUAGAACAAUGCUGAUGAAUAUUGAUACUUUAAAGUGGGAUCCUGUAUUGCUGCAGUUCUUUGAAAUCAAGUCUUCAAUUUUGCCACAGAUAAAAUCUAGUUCGGAGGUAUAUGGAAUUGUUUCUGAGGGUUCGCUGACAGGUGUUAAACUUGCAGGGUGUUUGGGGGAUCAGCAGUCUGCACUUGUAGGGCAGCAAUGUUUGAACAAAGGACAGGCCAAAGCAACGUAUGGAACAGGCUGUUUUUUACUCUACAACACAGGCACCACAAAGGUGCACAGUUCUCAUGGCCUGCUCACCACCGUGGCUUAUCAGUUCGGCUCCGACAAUCCGCCAGUGUAUGCUUUGGAAGGAUCUGUCGCUGUAGCCGGAGCAGCCAUCAACUGGCUACGAGACAACCUGGGCAUUCUACCGAACUUCAUCGAUGCUCAACAGGUUGCUGAGAAAGCGGAGAGUGUGAAAACUGGAGAGGUGUAUUUUGUGCCUGCUUUCAGUGGGUUGUACGCGCCUUAUUGGCAGCAGGAAGCUAGAGGGGUAAUAGUUGGCAUUACUGAAGAUACUGACACUUCUCAUAUUGUGAGAGCCACACUAGAAGCAGUUUGCUACCAAACCAGAGAUAUACUUGAAGCAAUGAGCAGCGAUUAUGGAGCGCCAUUGUCAACUUUGCAGGUCGACGGUGGCAUGACAGCAAACCCACUUCUAAUGCAACUUCAAGCUGACUUGGCAGGCGUUAACGUCCUGAGACCUGAAAUGGCGGAAUGCACCGCAUUAGGUGCGGCGAUGGCUGCCGGAGCGGCUGUCGGUUGUUGGGAUGUGAAGGGGCCCCCUUUGAAGCUACCGUGUAUUAAAUAUUCGCCUAAAAUGACGGAAGAUGAACGGGACGUCAAGUAUGCUAAGUGGAAGCUGGCUAUCGAGAGUUCCAUUGGAUGGGAUGUUUGAGAAAAGCGUUUAUUUGCAGCUGUGCAUAUGAAUAGAAGCUGCGUACCGUAUAUAUAUUUCAAAUUUGAAUACUCACUUUUCUUGUCACUGAAAGAUCGAAUCAAGCAUAAGUCAUACUUAUCUGAGGCUACCUGGUUACAGUAUAUGUUUUAUUUAACAGAACAAAGGAUCAUGUAGGUUGAAGGUACUUCGAAAAUAAAGUUUAGCUAGUGGCCUUUAUGUUGAUCUUAUACUGAGAAUUUUAAGAAGUUCUCUCUAAAAUUAUUCCAAGUGAAAACUGUACACUCUCUGGACACCUUUUUUUAGACGCUAAACAUAUUUCCAUGAUUUUGUUUAGUUAAAGCACAAUAAGCGGGAUAAGUUCAUCCCUCUUAGAAAGAAAUUGCUAGCGUUUACAUGUGGAAAUGCUCAAAUUGCAUCAAAAAUCAUACUGCGUCAUUCAAGUCAGGUGUAAUAAAAAAGCCAUUUCUGGAUAGUAACUUCAGCAGCACCAUUUUCCAAAAUCAUUCUCCUUUUACUUCCCAUGCUUACUGGCGGGGAAGUAUUGUAACGUCAUUCACUUCCGUCAGUCUGUCUGUCUGUGUCCGCUCAAUAGUAUAACCGCCUACAACUCGAGAAGUACCGCUCGGAUUUCGAUAAAAUUUUUACAGUCACUACUAUGCCGAAGAAGUUUUUGAAAAUCGGUCCAGAGGCGGCAGAGAAAAGGGCCUAAAACGAAAAAAGUAAAACUCGCCCAAAAUUCGUUUUUUGACGUUUCAGAAGACACUGAUAAUUAAAAAAAAAAUUAUAGGUAAAAACGGGGGUGGGGAGGAUUUAUCUCAAUUUUUUUAUGCUAGUCCGCUCCCAACAUUGACAAUUCUACGCACCUAUUACAGAUUUAUUACCCUGUACAUUAGCCCUGAAAACCUACACGUAGUUCUGCCACGCAACAGCAUAGUGUUUUCUCUGACCGCGUUAGUUUUGCAUAAGGAAAUAAAACAACACGGUAGGUAGUUUUAAAUGACUUUAUUGUUUUUCGAAGUAUUCUCCACGAAGAUUAAUACACAUCUGCAUGCGCUCGAACCAAUUUUCGAAGCACUAUUCCACUUGUUUGCUGGCAGAUCCAAAACUGCAUUUUUGAAUGCCUCAACUGCUUCUUCUGGUGACUGGAACAUUUGACCACGCAGUCUGUUUUUAAUUUUUGGGAAAGUAAAGAAAUCGUUAGGACUUAGAUCGGGACUAUAUGGAGGAUGGUCCAAUAAUUGCACGUUUUCUUCCAUUAAAUACUGCCUUGUUUUUUGGGCUGUGUGCGAGCUUGCAUUGUCUUUGUGGAGGAUGAUUCUUCUUUCGGGGUUGAUGUUUCGAAGCUCGAUGAUGACUUUUGGCAAAUAAAUGGUGGUAUACCAAUUCGCAGUAACAGUUCUUUGCUCAUUAAGAGGAAUUGUUGCAAUAUGACCCGCUUUUGACACAAAUGUCGCGACCAUAUUUUUCGAAACACUUCGAGAACAGAUGACUUUUGUUGGCUUUUCUUUACCUUGGAACACCCAAACAGCCGACUCUCGUUUAUUUUCUGGUUCAUAACAGUAAAUCUACGAUUCAUCACCACUAACAAUGCUGUACACAUUAUUUGAGUUUCCGGAAUUGAAACGGUCAAGUGUUUUUGACACCAAUUAACCCUAGCUGCUCUCUGGUCUUCAGUUAACAAGUGAGGUAUCCAACGAGAAACUAAUUUUCUUACUCCUAUUCUUCAUGUAAAUUUUUUGAAUUGAGGUCUUUGAGAUUUCCAAGGACGCCUCAAUCUCGCGAUAUGUCACAUGUCUAUCUUCAAUGAUGAGUUUGCGCACAGCAUCGACGUUUUCCUGGGUGACUGCCGUUUUCGGUGCACCCACCCUGGGAUCGUCGCUAAGACUCACCCGUCCACGUUUGAAUUCUCCAUACCAACGGGAAAUUGUCGACUGAUGUGGCGCUUCGUUGCCGAAAACAGACAGUAACUCAGCAAGGCAUUCUUGUUGCGAUAAUUGUCUCUGAAAGUUGUAAUUAGUUAUGGCGCGAAAAUGUUCUCGGUUGAGUUCCAUUUUUCUUAUGACUUGGUGACACUUAAAAAUUCACUGUAGUGAGAACACUGCACGUAUUGUUGUGAAACUUUGAAUUUAGGUUUACUAAAGAGUGAGGUUAAGAUUCAGUACUGACGUUCGAUCCGCGCGGCCUACUAUGUUUCUAUAUGCAAAACUUAAAAGACAUCCUUCGUAUGGACCUGUUUGACUGACUUGUUUCUCAGAGUGUCUAGUUUGUGCUGAACAUUUUCCUUUAUGUACUGAUAAGGGUUUUGCGUGGAAAAUGCAGUGUCAACCUACUUGAUGCCAUUUUUUUAUAAACAGUAGUAGCUGCGAAGUCAGAAACGUAAAUACCAGGGCACCGCGGCUGCCAUGAAGCACUUAAAAAACAUUGUUAAUUCGAUUUUUCAACUGCCUUACCUCCAAGUGCUCAGAAUUUAGUGUUUUCUAUUUUAUAGUAGGAUAUGUAUUCUAUUUUAUUUUUAUCAUAAGCAACUGAACGAAAUUACAUUAUCAUUAUUAUUACACUUCUUGCCGCUUUCAUCCAAGUCUCAUAUGGAUAGAUGUUUCAAAUGUUUCAGGUUUUGUCAACAUGAUGUAUGAUGAAGGUCAGUAUUUUCUGUUUAGGACAGAUAUUCAGAAUGUGCACCUGUCAUAAGGUGUGAGACAGUAAGAUAAACUAUUAUUUGUAACAUAAUAUAAAAGAUUAGAUAUUGUGAUGUUGAAGAAUCAACACAUAUUUAGUUUUCAUGACUUUAGGAAAUGACCCUGGUAGAUUCAAAAAACCUAUCGUCAAUCGAACAUUUUUUGUUAACCAUAUCAUCCAUGGUUAUGAUAAAUAAAGUAAAUAAAGGUGAUACAUGUUAUCGAUAUUUUAUUUAUCUGAUAAGAAUCCCUGUCAAAUAUGAGCAAUUUAUUACUAAUCUGCGUCGACGACGAAAUAUAUCGAAACAAAAGUCGUAAAACAUGUUGUUCUUCAAGAAAGGAAUAUAUUUUGUAGCGGUUUUAGCAGUUAUUUUAUCGCUAUGCACCGAAAACGUGGAAGGCAGGAGGAAGAUACUCAGAGGCAGAAAAACAGUGACUAGAACCUAUUUCAGAGAGAAUGCCUUACCAGCAUAUGCCGUCGUCAUAUUGGUCGCUAUCGGAGAAAUAAUAGUAGGGGGCCUUAUAUAUAUUGCAUUAAGAAAGACAAUCCUUGAAAUGCCUAUCACAGGAAGUUAUGUCGUCACCAACACUUCAGAAGCAUAGAUCAGCGUCAGAACUCACUUGACGCCUGUAAUAUCUUUGAAGUUUUGUAUUUUAUAUCGUUGAUGUAGGCGAUAAAAUAAAUGAAAUAAUCUAUAUAAAAAAAGAUUUAUUUGGAAAAUGGCGAAUCCAACUAUAAUUUCAUGUCUAUCAAAAAAUCAGAAUGUUAUGCAUGAACUGAAACACUGAGAUUGGAUUGCAGACUAAGG